AUGAGACGUACGAUUGUCCAACUUUGCCAGCCACAGCGGUGCCGCAGUUUCGUCGAGGAGACAUUGCAAAAUAACUCAGCUUCUUGCUUUGCUGACGUGCUACAUCGAUGGUAUGAGCGCUCUCUGCUCAUUGAGGCAGUCGCCACUACUGGGCAGGGUGGUGUGACACCGGCAACGGCGACUAAUCAGUGCGCCGGACGCUAUCACUUGUAUGAGGUGCAGUUGCUCAAUAAAAAACUUAGUGAAGCACAGCUUCCCGGAGGCUACCGGGCGUUGGAAAACUACACGGUGGCUCACUUCGCAGCAGAACUUGGAAGCAUCCCUCUACUUGGUAUGGCUGAAGGUGGGAUUCUUUUGCCUCGGGGUGUACAUGUAACGAAUUAUGCUCUAGGGCCCUCAUGUGCGUUCGAACAAGUUCCGUUGGACAUAAUCACCUUCACCCUGCCUGAUGGUGAAGGGAAUUACCUUUCGCAUAUUGCUGCAAAAAAGGGUCAUGUUGAAUUUAUUGCUGCCCUGGUGCGACGCUUUGGAGCGGCCGCCAUAUUAGGACAACACACGCAUCCGGACCUUGAGCCUUUGGGGCAGUCGCUCAGUGUGUACGAAACGGCGUUCGUGUACGGUUCAGUUCCUGUUUUGCAUUGGUUGGAUACUUCACAUCCUUUCUGUGCGUUGGGGCCUGCGGAGGAAAACGCCGUGCGUUGUGUUCAGCGUGCUGCCCUGUACGGACACGCGGAUUCCCUUCGGUAUUUUAUGCAACUCCACGGAUUAGCAUCACAUGAGGUCGCUGUUGAGGCCCUCUACCCCGCCGCUGAAGCAGGAUUCACCGCCGUCCUGCAGCUACUUGUUCACACCUUGGGCAAGAAGGUUGUGUGGCGCCCUGACAGCCACGGAGCCACUGCACUCCAUCACGCGGCACGCCUUGGCUGCAAGGAACUGCUAUUGGAUUUCUUCCAGCACUACGGGCUCCAUCAACACGUGGACGACAAGGACAAUGCGGGACGCACUCCCGCAAUGUGGUGUGUACUUGGCUUACGGAAGAGGAGUGUUGUUGAGUUUCUGAAGCUUCUCUUAAAAUUUGGUUCAAAGUGGCCUACAGAACGAGAUGACGAGGGCAACAGCAUGGUGCCCGUUGUGGAGCACUGUUACUCGCCAACAAGCAAUAUAAGAGCGUUUGUGAAGUGUACUGUUGCAUCCAGCCAGCGGUGA